UGCAGCCAAGAGAUUUCACUUGGUGGAGUCCCUCCUUUUGAAAGCGAUGAUAAUUCCCUUCCGAAGGCAGCAGGAUGGGGUCUGCCUUUCUGCCCUCCUCAGCAGGUCGGUGCAGAGGAUUGCCGGUGCCUCCCAGCCAGCUCCUGCUCAGCUGGCUUGCCCCUCCCCGCACCAUGCAACUCUUGCAAGUGCCAGUGCUAUCAGUCCAGCGCGGGCAGGGAGGGGGGCGGAGAAAGAGCAGGCAAGAAACCUGGGCCGAAAGUCUGUUUGCUCACAGCUCACACCCACAAGAGUCACUGGAGGCGGAAGUGGGGAACGUCUGCAUGACACACGCACACAAACUUCCCUGGCUCCACACGCUCUCCGUCUCAGUUUCUGCCCAGCACUCCAGCUCCCAGCUGCUCCUGGACUGUUCCAGUUGCUACCAGCAUGGGGAACAUAACUUGUGUUCCUCAGGCACCUGGGAGGUUCAGACACUCUUUCAGCAGGAAACCUUCGCUGAAGAAAGAAAAAGAUGGCAAGAAAAAGCUGCCCAGUUUUUUUGGUAUUGAAGGAGGGCAGGAGAGAGAUACGACCGCAGACAAAAUACUGCAGUAUAUUCCAGGAAAGAAUAUUCAGAACCAGGAAAACCAGAAAGAAAACUUGGACCAAAGGUUCCCGGGCCUGUUCAAGAAGGGACGCAGGAAAACAGUUGUCAGGAAUCUGGGGAAAAUCAUCUACUACUCCAAGGUCAAGUUUAAAUUCCAGCACUGCCAGGAAGUGAACGACUGCUACUUGGAGCUGUUCCAGUCUUAUCUGUACUUUCAGUCUAUGGGCUCCAAUGGACUCACCUACCAGGGACUGCUGCCUUUGAAAGAGCUGAACGUGUGUGAAAUUGAGAAUGUGAAGAGCACAGGGCUGGAGGAUCACGCUUUCCGGAUUGCAGGUCCCUUACUGAAUCCCCUUAUCGUGUUCUGCCCUACUGAGUCAGAACUGAAGCAGUGGCUUUAUCACCUGGAGAAACAGAUCCACCUAAACGGAGGAAGCCUUGGCUUGCCCUUCCUCUCUCAGAAUGACUGGAAGCAAAGCUCCAUGGGGAAGGAGGAGCUGCGAUGGUCUGUGCAGAACAUGCCUGUUGAGGAGUGGAGAGGGACCCAGCGGGAAUCCUUAGGUGAUGUCCUCUGUGUUUCCAAAGUGAAGCUUCAGCAUCUGCCUUUUCAGGAGCAGCACGACCGGCUGUUGGUCCUUUACCCUUCCACACUGGUGAUAGUGUCUGAAGAGUGCAACAGACUCUAUUUUAAGGGUGAGCUACCACUGAACGCUGUCCAAGUGCAUUUCGAAGAGAAUGAGAAAACUUCCUUUUUAAUAGAAGGCCGACUAAUCAAUUCUAUCCGGGUGAUCUGCCCCAGCUAUGAUGAUUACCAGGAGUGGCUCUACUGUCUCAAAACAGCCCAGUUUCGAAAUGCCGACUCCUCCCUCUCUGGAUCAGAGAGCUUCUCAGGAUCAAAGCUGCUGCAUGCUGGCCCGUUUGCAGGCAGUGGGAGAGGAUCACUCACUUCUGAUGGCCGUACAAACUCCUGGACGUCUGGAGGGAAAGUGGCCACCUUAACACACCUCUCACAGAACAGCGGCUCUCUCCCCGAUGGCCGGUCCUUCGUGCUUAUGCCUGAGAACAGAGUGCUCGAAGACCCACUCUGCCCUGGCUAUUCCCAGCCUCUCCAUUGCCUGGCACAUACCAACUGGUCAAGCACAGGGCUGCACACACAGGAGCUGCGAAGGGGGGGCAGCACCAGAAAGUCCAAAGGCAACUGUGGACCUUGCAGCCGGCAGCCACAGCCACGCAGCCAGGACAUGGACAGGAACAUGUGUAGCCUCAUUCCUGAAAACCCCAAUGGCGAGCUGCUGUCAUCAGUGUACAACGAGCCGUACUCUGCACACACCUCCCAGCAUCAUCCAGCAGCUCCCCCAUCACACCUGGAUCUGAACAAUCUGAACAGAUGGAGCUUGGUGGAAAGUCAGCACUCAACAGCUUCCAGCUCCCUGCAAAGGCCGACUGUGCCCCGCUCCCCCUUGUUCGCUGACCCCUAUACACCCACUGCAUGCAGUGUGGCAGACUCCAGCUUUCUGGAAGAGUUCUUGCAGUGUCAUGGACAGACAGAUUCAGCACAGAUGAAUGGUUGCCCAGCCAUCCCAGUAUCCUGUCACCUUCCUCUCCAGAAGAAUUCCCAGCCUCUGACAAGCACUCACUGGAAAGAGGUGCCUGAAGCUCAGAGAUACAGCACCCCUGGCACCUCAUGCAAUUUCCAUCUGGGGCCUUCUGAUGAUGCUUCUUAUUUUGCAAAUGUCUCUUCUCUGCGAGAGGAACAUUGGGGCACCUCACUGCAGCCACCAGAGGGGAACACUGGCACUUAUGACCUGCCAGAUUUCAGCUACCCACACCGUGACCCUGCAGCCUACCAUGACUAUGCCGAGCUCCAGAGCUUCCAGAGUGACUUCAGCUAUGACAACCUGUGGGAUGCUGAGGUAAAGGAGCCAGGCACGCUGCACACCUCACCAGCGCCGAGCCAGCAGUUCUACCAGGCCUGAGGGCAGACCUCCACAGCCGGAUGCAGAAAUGCCCCUGGGCUCUUCUUGCUGGGCUUCCAACAGCAGUGAGGAGCUCUGAGGCAUACAAAGCAAAGGGAACAGCCUUGCUCUGUGAGAGGCUGGCUCCCACAUCCUCUCAGGUACAAAGUUUGAACUUCUCCACUAAAUCUGAAGAUGGGUGCAAAGCACAAAUGUGACAGCCUCUGGAGAGCCCAAGAAGCAAUGUUUCUGCAGCACUAAGGAGUGCACUCUGUGGCUGCCCCUGCUAGAAGAACCCAGGCUAAGGAACAGCAUGACCUGGUGUAAUAAAGGGAAGGACAAUUUACCAGUCCCAGAUAAAAGGGACGGGGUGUCCAGACAGGGCAGCAGCUCUAACACCAAAGAAAAGGGCUGGUUGUUGGCUGGAUUAGUUUGACCAUUUUCCUUUUCACCAGAGCCUUCAGGCUGGUGAUUUCAAGGAGCCAUUGAUCCCCGAGAGUGGCUGUUAAGCCAAACCUUCCCCCACUGAGCUCUGAUAUUUGUGAAGACGUAUCAGAUAUACACCAUCAUGGUAUAUAGGACUGGUGGCAACAGCUGUGUUCAUAGGAUUGUCUUCUUGCAAGAUGAGAGUUAUCUGACAGGGAUGGAGAAAGAAGUCCGGAUCUGGGCAGAACAGGAUGUUCUUUCCACUUUAUGCAAAAGAUUAUUUCCUGCUAGUGCUGGCUCCAAGCCAUGGUGGUGACCUGCAAUAUUAACAGCCUGAUACCUUGACAGAUGGCAUCAAGAAAUGUGCUGCCAUGAAAUAUGCCAAGUGUCUUCUGUUUACCAAGGACUUCCCUGGAAAGGAUGCCCCAGAUUCCUCUUACAGGACUGUGUCCUUGCCUCCCAGCCCUCUCCAUGUUAUUGGACUCGCACUAAAUGCUGCCUAUAAAUAUCUAGGCAAGGAGGGAAGGAAAGAAAUUCACUAGAAGCCAAACUCCAGUACGGCCAUAACACUCCAGUUGCUGGAGCACUGCCAGCGUGGGCUCUGCACUCUUUCUCUUUCCCCUCGCAGAGCAGCAGCAAGAACGGGAUACAAAUAGGGGACAGAGUCUCAGUGUUAUCAUUUCCCAGCCUCUUAUGCCAGAUCCUUCAGCACAUAUAAGGUCAGCAGCAAAUCCAGAUGUUUUUACCUGAGGCUUCAAAUUCUUGACCUUCGUUCCCUAAAUAGGCUGCAAAACAAGCAUAUUAACUAAAUCUCUAUUUUUGUUCUUUCAGUGGUGCAAACAAAGCAAUCCAGGAGGUCAUUGUACUUGAAUAGAUACAUAUUAUAUUGUGCUUAUAUAUAUAUAUAUAUAAAAAAUAUAUAAUUUUUUUCCAGAAGGUAUCAAGCAAAGUUUACAUGCAAGGUUUGAGUGGAUUAUACGUAUUUAAUGUGUAAAUGUGGCUGAGUUAAAGAUCUAUUUAAUUUUGUAGCUGUGGAUGACAUUCAGUUCUCUAGAAUGGGCAGCUGUCUGCACAUCAGCGCGUGUGUGUGUGUGUGUUAAUUUGGUCUUCUAGCUGUUAUUGUUUUGUUUCAGGUUUACUUUCAUUUCAGAAAGGUUUGUAUCUAAUAAUUUAACCCCCAAAUGAUCUAUUUAUUCAGAACAGAAUUGCACUAGGGGACACCAAAGGCACAUAGUAUUCUGGGAGGCAGCCAUGCACGUGUGCUUCUGUGAACACGGUAAUUUUUGAAGACUGCUACCAUGAUCUGUUUAAUUGUGUUUAACAGCAAUAUCUGCAAUGUAUCAAAAGGAAAAAACUCCUCCCUAUUACUGUAAAAGUUUUCUGGUGGAUUUCUGUGAGACUGUACAAUUACAAUACACCUUCUGGAACAUU